AGUUAUCAGUAUUCAGUUCGAUUGAAUAUUUAUUUCAAUAAGAAAUUUAGUUGUUAGCUUAAAAAAAAUGUUCAAACUAUUUUGUACAUUUAUGUUUUUUUUAUUGCUGACAUCAAAGGUACACAGCGAUCCACCUACAAUAAGGCAAACAACGAAUGGCCCCAUUGAAGGUAUAGAAGAAACCGGUGUCUUUGGCAAGAAAUUUUAUGCGUUCAAAGGUGUUCCGUAUGCUGAAGUGCCUAUAACCGGUAUAGAUCCAUACACUGGUGCUACAGUUGAUCGACGAUUCAAGCCAACUUCAAUAUUGACUCGCAAAUGGACUGAGCCACUGAAAGUGCAUCAAUUUGGAGAGAAUUGCAUUGCUUCAUCAUAUUUAAUGGGGCAAGAUGGAGGUUAUAGUGAAAAUUGUCUCUUUCUAAACAUCUAUGUUCCAGCUGGUGGAGUAGACGAAAAGACAGUUUUAGUAUGGAUACAUGGUGGCUCAUUCCUAGAAGGUUCUGGAAGAGAAGUCGCGUACGGGCCAGAUUUUCUAGUUGAUUUGGAUAAUAUUGUAAUAACUAUGAAUUACCGUCUUGGAAUUUUUGGUUUUAUGAAUCUUGGCUUCGGUGACUACACCGGCAACAUGGGAUUGAAAGAUCAACAAUUGGCUCUCAAAUGGAUUUUUCAAAAUAUUGAAAAUUUUGGUGGAAACAAAGAUGAAAUUUUACUCUUUGGAGAAAGUGCCGGUGGUGCGUCUGUUAGUUAUCACAUGCUUAAUGAAAAGUCUAGAAAAUAUUUCCAACGUGCAAUGUCACUUAGUAGCACAGCGUUGAAUUAUUACUCAUUAUAUGAGCCAAAUCAUUUAGAAAGAGUGCAAAACUGUACAAAUAUUCAAGAUAAAAAUAAAUUAAUUGAAUAUCUAAGGAAAGGGGAUGCAGGAACUAUUGCAGAAUGUGGCCAAAUGAUGAAAAUGGAACCAAUAAGGUUCGAAUCGCCUUGGGUUCCAACAAUCGAAAAUCCGAAAACGAGAGGAGCUUUCAUAACAAAAUCUCCAGAAGAGAUUUAUAAAUCUGAGAAGGCACCUAUUAUGGACACUCUGUUUACAUUCAAUUCGCAGGAAUACUUAUUGUUCAAUUUGGAUCUAACCAGAAAAUUUAACCCAAUUCUCGAUGGAAAUUGGAAUGAAUCGUUAUUUUUGUUGGCAUUUCGUGGUCUUGAUAAAGAAACUUAUCCAGAGGUAUACAGAUAUUCGUUUGAUUUAUUGAAAAGAUCCUAUCUAAAAGAUGUUACCAAUAACAAAGCAAUCAUGCGCGGAAAUAUUAAUCUGCUAUCUGAUAUGAAUUUCGUUUACCCAAUUCUAAAAACCGUUCAAUACCAAGUGAUAGCGAAUAACAAGUAUAAGGCCAAAAACACAUUUAUAUUCAGAUUCAACGUAACCGGCAGCAUGAAUGUAUUCAAGAACUCGAUGGUUCUAGACGCAGAAGGUGCGUCUCAUGCCGAUGAAAUUUGCUACAUAUUCAGAUGUCACAUUAUGAAUUCAGUAUAUAAGAAGAAACUUCGAUCAAAAAGUACGUCAAAUAUUGAAUACAAAACAAUCAAGCGUUUGACUAAAAUGAUUACGAAUUUUGCAAGAACUGGCGAUCCAUCAAUUGACGGCGAUACAUUCAAAUCAUCGAAAUCACCAAAUAAACUAUUCUGUCUAGAUAUUGGUGGUAACGAAUCGAAAUUGCAUGCCGACAUAAUGGAACAAACACGAUUCUAUCAAUGGAAAAAAAUCGAAGAUUUUUACAAAAAUUUCAGAAGCAACGAUUCACUAACCGAAUUUACCAAAAACUUUAAAAUGAAUUCGAUAUGGAAAAAUCCAUAAAACAAACCAAAUUAAUAUGCCACUCAAAAUGUGAUGAAAAAUGGAAAUAAUCAAU